GGAGCCAGUAGAGCAGCGGUACUGUGUCGAGUGUGACACGACCUUUAAGAGGAUUUCCAUCUUUAAGAAGCACUUUCUUGAGAACCAUUCGGGCGUGCCUAAACCUAAGUAUCCGUGCGAACAUUGCGGAAAAGUGAUGUCCAACAAAACUACGUUCCAAAACCAUGUACGGCUCUUCCAUGAAGGCAAGACCGACUACUGCUGUCACAUCUGCGGCAAGUAUUUGUCGAAUGCGCAGGCGCUGAAACAGCAUUUGGACACGCACAACAAUGUAAAACAACCGAAGACCAAGAAGUGCAACAUAUGCGGACGCUUGUUUGUGAGCAACAGAAUUCUACGUUACCAUACAUACACACACACGGGCGAGCGACCGUACCAAUGUCCGCACUGCGAAACGGCUUUCUCGCAGCCGCACUGCCUUCGUAUACACUUGAUGAAACAGCACAACAUUGACGCCAGGGUGAAAGUGGACGGGACGAUCACUGAAAUGACUGGGACGGAAAUAGUUGAUUGUGUCACAAGGGAGCAAAGUGACGUCUUUACGGCGAGGUCGUACUUUGAUUCCUAAACGAAGCGAAGGAUUAUUAUAUUACAGAAUCCUGAGCGUAGCGAGGAAUUCAAGUGCGCUACGCCCAACGCCCAAGAUGGAAAUAAUUUUGCUACCAUGUUACAGAUACUGCUUUUUAUAUCACCCAUUAGGUAGUUGUAGUGUUUAAAAAUAUUAUUUAAGAUAAAAAAAAAUGAUAUAAUAAACUAGAACAGAAAAAUGUCACUUCGAUCCCUCCUAGCAGGCAAGAAAAGUGCUACUUUGAUCCUGGCAGGAAAGAGAAAGCCCUUUUUCGAAUAGGGGAUAUUACUGCCAUGUUCUGCCGCCAGAGUGCAGCACUCCGACUCUAGUAAGUUCAUAGACUUAUACAUACUGUGCCUUAAACUGUUUAUUGACAAAUUUUCGCAGACAAUAAAAUAUGACAUUGGUGCAUCAAGGCGGCUUGUUAACAAGGGCCUUACCGGUAAACGUGAAAAUCGAAAUUUAGUUAUCUGCCUCUUUAUCGCUCGAAUAUGCAAGAGUGAUAGAGAGAUUAGAUAACGAAAUUUCGAUUUUCUUGUUUCGCGGUAGGCCCAUAGACCUACCAUCCGCUCGCGCUUGACAGACAGCUGAAGUGUGCGAAAGGGAAGCCAUCACGUAUAUGAACAUCCCAUGAGUGCGAAAGAGUCAGACUACCAAAGAGAAAACGUAACCACUUUUGAGUUUGACGACGGCCGCGGACGGCCAAGAGCU